CAGUUCAAGCAAGCUUGCUUUUGUUUCUUUUCGACGAUGGGGGUGUUGUGGUGUUGAGUUCUUUAGCAAUGUUGACAUUCCGCCCAUUUCUUCUCGAGUUACCGGUAAAGAAGGUUACGCGACUGUAAUUACUCGAGAAUGACGCAAGGCAGUUAACGUCAUGGCUGAAGGUGGACAAGGGGCACCCCACCUGCCUCCUAGAGCAUUUACUGUGCAGCGUUGCACUGAAAAUGGCUUUCAUCUCGGAGGUACAAGAGCUGUCUUUUCUUCCACUAUGUUCACAACGGAGUCGCCGAGCACAAGUAGGCCUCCUGUACCCCCAAGGAGGACCAUUCUUCCUGUACAAUGCAACAGGGCAUGUGACCUCUCCGUGGUACCACCAACUCCAUCAUCAGCUUCGACGUGGACAAGCUCGGACCUGAUGUUGAUAGAUCAGCAGGUCACGCGACCAAGCGUACAAUCGAUUGAGGCUCUUUUCUUGGAAAACACAACUUGCAGGCAGCAGUCUUCCGCGGGCAGUACUACGGUCCAGCAGCUCCUGGGAUCCCGCUGGAGCAGCCAACAACAAUACUCCGCAUUUGAGCGCACAGAAAUGACACACAGUAACUCGGCACCAAAUUUCAGCGCAUUGAUCAGCGCGGGUCCUUCUCCGAGCCAUGGUGUCAACCUCAACUCAGCUGUGCCAUCGAAAGACGAGAUAGAGAAGAAGAUGUUUGGCUUCAUGCGGAAGAAGCAGGACAACAACCUCAUCGACCUGGCCUGCGAGACGGAAGUGGUGAGGGCUGCACAGAGGGAGAGUGCCCGCCUGUCCGGGAACACGCUCGACGACCUACUAGCCAUGUUUGAUCCCUUGCGUGAAGCUGAAGAGGAAGUGACUCUAAUCGUCGAACAGGAACCGCGGGUUCCGCAGUGCAACGCUGAACCAAAGGUGUCAUUAGUGCCAGACUCAGCAGCGCAGGUGCCUCCAAGUACUAGUAGUGGAAGAUGCUCUCCUGAGGGCAGAGAGAGUCCAGUCUCUCUAGAGAAGGUGCAACAGCAGAGACAUGCACAGCGCUUGAAUCAGUUAAAUGACCUCAAAGUGGUCCAUCAGGAAGUCGGCGCAAACGAUGACACUGACUCGUUUUGGACAAAAGUGAAACACUUGAGGUCUGAGUUCCUUCAUGAAGACCACCAUACAAACAUUGGGCUUGUAGUCAGCCCCACGAUAGAAAACAAAUGGGAGGAGCACAUCAGCAUCAAGCUCGACAUCAUGACGGAGUUUUCUGACAGGUCGUUCUGCUUCACCUGCUCAAUCAGCACCAGCAUUGAGCACAUCAUCAGCAACACCAUAUGUUCAUUCAAGGAUGACCUAGAAGACAUCCAGCUCGAAAACUAUGUGCUGAAAGUGCGUGGCCUAGCGGAAUAUUUCACUCCAGAUUCUUUCCUCAAGGAGUACGAAUACAUUCAUCAGUGCUACAAGUCUGUGCAGACGGUCUGCCUAACCCUGAUGGACGUACGUGACCUGAAACGGCCGUGGUCAAGAACUCUACAAGAUGACGGCGAAUUUCUAGAAGUGAAGACCAGUAGUCUUCUCAGCCCUUCUUUUGGCGGUGUUUCUUACGACUCUGUUUCGAUACUGAUAGAGACAUUUCAAAAGGAGGCAAAGAAACUGUUAUGUGCAGCUUCCUCAGGUUCUAACCAGCCUCGGGGUGUGAUCCAGGCAGUGAAGGCCAUCUGCGCGAUGCUGUCCAAAAUUGAAAUUCUCGAGAUAAUUCACGCUGUAGAAGGUGUUAAGCAGGUGUGCAGCCAAGCAGUCGAAGUGAGCAGUCUCGAUGGAGAUUUCUCAACGAAACAGGACAUGGAGGAAAUUCGUGCUCAAGUUAGACGCGGCUCGAUCUUGAACAGCGAACGCUUGGCCGAGGCAGUUUUGUGCGCUCUUCUUCAGCUCCAGUCUGCACUUCGCACCCUCAUCAGCAUUUACUGCCGCAGCUUCUGCGUCAACUUUGGCUUGCCGCUGCCUGAUGCGCAGGUGAAGAAGGAGUUGAGAUCGGUGACAACUUUCCAGGACACGUUUCUCUUCAGCGUCAGCACUGUUCACCAGUUAAAAUCCCAGUGGAUAGCCGAAUAUGACCACUUUCAAAUCUCUUGCGAAUUGCGAUACGGCGCGGAUGUCUUAUCCGUGGGCGAAACGCGGAACCUCAGCGCGAGCCACAACUUCUUCGACCUCAUUGUCUUUGAUGAGUGGGUCGAGAUGAAGGUGUUCAUGAAGCUUCUACCACGAGAGACCUCGUUGUAUAUUAUGCUGCAUGGGAUCGAAGUUAGUCAGGAUGGGAGGUCUUCGGACCCACCUAGGCCGGAAAGGACCUUACUGGCCUGGUGUGGCCUCCCGCUUUUCAACAGCCGUCGGCAGCUGGUGCAAGGUAGCAUGUUCCUCGGCCUUUGGUCCGCAGAAGUUGACCAGAAGUGCGGUCCGGCGCAGAGCAACGACGCGUUCUCCUGCCCCGUGUUGAGAGUGCAGUUUCCAGAGUUUGAUUGUAGCGUUGUCUUCCCGGAGGUGCGAAAGGACGACAUAGAGACGCGAAAGCCACGCCUUCCUUGCCUGGACAGCGUAGUGAUACAGGACAUCUUGGACGUGCUGGAAAAGGACCCCCUUUCUGUACCGACCGCGGAGGAGAGGAGAUACUUCUGGGACAACCGCCAUUACGUCGUCGAGGUUCCGCAACUUCUGCCGAAAGUAUUUCUGUCCGUACAGGCGUGGAGUUGGGGCCACCUCCCAGACAUCUACUUUCUGCUGACCCAGUGGAAGCCGGCAUCUCCGAUACACGCGUUGACGCUUCUUCUCCCGCUGUUUCCCGACACGGAAGUGAGGAAAGCCGCCGUCAAGUGGAUAAAGAACAUCGGCAGCGAUGAGCUGUGCGACCACCUGCCCCAGCUCGUGCAAGCCCUCCGGUUCGAAACCUGGGAGGAUUCUCCGGUUGCUUGGUUCCUGUUGGAACGUUCCCUCACCAGCGUUCGCGUGGCACACCAGAUGUAUUGGCUGCUAAAGCAGAACAUGGAGAACCCUCUGACAUUGAGAAGAAUGAAGCUAAUGGUUCGUAUGCUGCUAGUCAUAACGGGAAGAGCAUUUAGAGCGAUUGUGGAGAGACAGGAGGAACAUCUGAACCAGCUGUGUAUAAUUGCGGAAAACAUCAAGGACACUAGAGAUUCCUUACGGCUGGAGAAACUCUUGCAGGAGUUAGAAAUCGUGCACAGCAGCUUAGAAGAGAGCCUGACCUGUCUGCCACUGAAUCCGGCAAUGGAGGUAUGCGGCAUAGACGUGAAGUCAUGUUCGUACUUCACCUCGAACACGCUUCCUUUGAAAAUCGUCUACAGGAGCACGGAAGCGAACGCGAAAAUGCUCCAGACGAUUUACAAAGUUGGGGACGACCUCCGACAAGACAUGUUGACCCUGCAGAUGAUUCGCAUCAUGGAUAAGUUUUGGCUCAAGGAAGGCCUGGACCUUAAAAUUAUCACCUUCGCCUGCGUAGCUACAGGCAGCAGGAAAGGAAUGGUGGAGAUGGUAACGGAGGCCGAAACCUUGAGGAAGAUACAAACCGAGCACGGUCUCACUGGGUCCUUCAAGGAUCGCCCCAUAUCGGAGUGGCUCCAGAAGCACAACACCUCGGAGCUUGAGUAUCAGCAAGCGGUGGAAAACUUCACCCUCUCUUGCGCGGGCUACUGUGUUGCAACGUACGUCCUUGGCAUAUGUGACCGUCACAAUGACAACAUCAUGCUGAAGACGUCUGGACACAUGUUUCACAUCGACUUUGGAAAGUUCCUGGGCGACUCUCAGAUGUUUGUGAACAUUCGGAGGGACAGGGCUCCCUUUGUCCUGACACCGGACAUGGUUUAUGUCAUCAACGGCGGCGAGAAGCCGACCAAGAGGUUCCAGACCUUCAUUGACCUCUGCUGUCGUGCCUUCAAUAUAGUCAGGCAAAACAGCAACAUAUUUGUCACACUAUUCCAGCUGAUGGUUGCCUCUGGUAUACCUGGAGUGACGUCCGAUGCUGUCAACUUUAUCCAGAAAUCUCUCUUGUUGGGCAGCUCGGAGAUCGAGGCGACUGCUCACUUCACGCGGCUCAUCGAGGAGAGCCUCAGCUCGAGGUUCACUCAGUUCAACUUCUUCGUCCACAACAUCGCGCAGCUACGCUUCACGGGCGACCACAACGACGGGCUCCUCCUGUCCUUCGUUCCGCGAACGUUCACCCACGAAACCGACGGGAGGAUAAUUUCGCUCGGCGUCGUGGACUGUCAGAAGCGCUACGAACCCGAGAAGCACUACACCUACGUCAUCCGCGUGAUCCGAGAGUGCCAGACGCCUUCGAUGUCGGUGUUCCGGACCUUCGCGGAGUUCCUGGAGCUGUACCAGAAGCUGGUGCGGUUCUUUCCCCUCGCCAAGUUCUACCCGCUGUCUCGCGGAUCGAUCGUGGGUCGCAGCAACACUCGAGAGGUCGCUCUGAAGAGGAAGGUAGACGUCGAGCAUUUCCUUCGGUCCCUAAUGACGAUGGCGGAGGAAGUGUCUCACUGCAGCCUGGUCUACACCUUCUUCCAUCCCCUGCUCCGCGAUCAGGAAGGAAUGACUGCGGCGACGUGCAAAAGAAAAAGCGUUCCGCAGCAGCAAGCGCAGGACGUCGCCGUGCACCGCAACGGCCCCAGCCGCAUCAAGCUCUCGAUGCACUACAAGGGGGGCAACCUGCUGAUCAUGGUGAUGCACGCGGAGAACCUGUUCUGCGAGCGCAAGGAAGCCCCCGACGCCUACGUGAAGACUUACCUGCACAAGGACGUCGACAAGACCACGAAGAAGAAGACGAAAGUGGUGAGUCGGAACAGUCACCCGAGCUUCAUGGAACUGCUGGCGUACGAAUAUCCGCUGGAAGUGGUCCGCGAAAAGCUCCUGGAAGUUUCUGUCUGGGACUACGACAGAGUUCAGGAGAACGAGUUCCUGGGAGCUACGGCGAUCGACCUCUGGAAGAUGAACCUGACCAGGGAGAGCGUGAACUGGUAUGACUUGCACAAUCGUCGGUUUAAAGUGCAGUGAGUUUUCCUUCGUCUGGAUGAAACCCCCCUUUUUUUUUUCCUUUUUUUUUUUUUAAUCAUUGCACGAAAGUGUUGUUUGUACACAUGCUGCGUUUUAUACGAGGUUACGAUAUUUAUUCGUGGAUUUUGUUACGUUCGAGAAAAAAAAAUGCCACACGGUAGCUUUGGAGUGGCAAGAGAGAGAGCCCUCUAUUUUAGGCUGGAGCCUGCUUCUUACUCGAAAGUACACUAUUUAUACUUGCCAGGCAGAUAUAGUAUAUAUAUACUCAGUAGUGCUGUUAUGCUUUAGCUACUUUUUGUACAUUCUUUUUUUUUUAAGUAUUACCGCUACAUUCGUCAGCACCUCAAAUUCUUGUCUGAUCGUGUUACGAGUUUUAGCUUUUCUCCGCGUAUAUGCACGAGUCGCAACAUUAUGUAGUAGUGGUACUUGUAUUCCCAGAUUAUUUUUUUACACGCCUUCGAAUGUUUUUACAUGCUCCUGAAGCCACUGUGCUGUUCCGAGGAAGUCCUUGAAAAUUGUGCAUUACAUACUUUCUAAGUUUUAUUAGGAAGUUUUUGCGUAGCACACACUUUACCUGGUUUUUAGGGGCUAGAGGAUACAGCUGUGCACUCUUAAUCGUGAUGUUGUUAGGGCCACGCCCUAUUCAGUAAAAGUAGUCUUGUGAAAAUCAUCUAAGCAAACCUUUAUUACGUUAUGUCAAGAUGUACCAACCAUCUUCAUGUUUUUUUUUUUUUGUCUGCUGCGUGUUUUAGGUUUCCACGUGCAAUAGUGGGCCAAUAGUCAUGUUUACGCCCGAGGGGUGUUUUGCGCCCUUCCUUUUUCGCUCUGGUCACAUUCCUUCGAGAACAUGUAUUUCAUUACUCUGCUCUUACGGCUCUCACUUUUGCAUCUAAUUGCAUUGUACCUCUUCCAAUCCAACUGUAUUAUUCCACAAAACGACAGCUAUGUAUCAUACCUCAUGGCAGCCUGUUUUGAAAAUGCUACAUGAAGUGUUCAUUCAUUCAUUCACUCAACAGAUAGGUCUAGCAUGUCAUUCAUUUGCCAUGAAGCUCAACAUGUGCACGUGUUUAUUCGUGUGUUGUGGGUAUUCAUGUAAAAGUGCCUUGACAUUCUUUGCUGUGGGGCCAAUGUUCAGGCAUAGUGUAAAGUUCAAAAAAAAGCAUUGUCUCGUUGUGUCUACCAGUUGAAACGUUUUGUAAGUGAUACUAAAAAAAAAUAAAUUAAGUGAGUACAGUA